AUGGUGGGGCUGCACACAAUUCAGCGCCUGGACAACAUCGUGCUGCUGACCAUGAGGAAGAGGAAUGAGCUGAGGGUGGACAUGGAGGACUGGACUGGGGGAAAGGCCUACGCCCACUACGCCUCCAUUUCUGUGGACCCAGAGCAGUUGGGCUACACAUUACACCUGGGUGCUUUCACCACUGGUGAUGCAGGUGAUGCACUGAAGAAUCACAAUGGCAUGAAGUUCACCACCUUCGACAAAGACCAGGACACCUGGGAUAAGAACUGUGCCAGCUCCGUCAUGGGCGGCUUCUGGUACCUGAACUGCCAUGACGCCAACCCCAACGGGCUCUACAUACCAGACUCAGCUUCUCCUCAUGGGCCGGUGUACGUCAGCUGGGACACCUGGAAAGGGAACACAUACUCACUUAAGACUAUUACAAUGAAGAUGAGGUCACUGUCCCAGUGUAGCAAUUAGAUGUCCUAGUGUGUGUGUGUGUGUGUGUGUACAGUGCUGUGGUCUAGGAAACCUGGUGAAGAAACAGCUUUCCCAGCACAACAUGACAUAGCUAAAUAUUUUGUCUAGCUAAAUCAGUUGCAGAUUGGCUUGUAAAUAUAAGCAAACUGCAGCUUGCAAGUGUACAAUGUACUGGAUUGUAUGCACGCAUACAAACACACGGCACAGACACACACAUACACAAAGCAAAAAUAAUACACUACUGUACAAUACUGUAAACCCGGAUAGUCAAAAUAACUCAAAAUAAUCAUUCAUAACUGUUAUAUAAAAUGCUUAAAGAGCAACUCAACUGUCUUGAGUAUUACUUAGAUAUCCAUGAUAAUUUACAUUACCACCAACUUUUAAAAAUAGUUUUUAUAUAACUUUGCUAAUGCUAGUUGUGAUAAAAUACCAAUUUGGAAAAUGUGUCUUUAGGUUGUAAUGUACAGUAAUGUAUGUAUAAUCCACAUGGUGGUGUUUUAUCCAAAUAAAAAAGACACACACUGAUAUUGACAUACUGUAUACUGUAUAGCCCAUCCAUGUGCAUUAACCUCAUAGGUGAGGACAUUUGUAACAUCAAUAAUCUUCGGUUAUUAGAAGGGAAAUUACUGGUAUUCUAUAUUCCCACAGAUGGAUCAUAGUAACACUGAACCUACAUACUAGUAACACUCAACCUAGUCAACCUACACAAAAGAUCUAAGGUAACAUAAAUUAAGAGUGUAAGUCGUUUUCAGGAAUAGAUUCUCACCAUCCUUUGCUAAAAUGUUUAAAUAAUAAAGUUGUCAGGGUGUGCAGUUGGCAGCAUUGGCUGUACUAAAAUACUGAUGCAAUGUUGGACAUGGGUAGUCUCUUAAUGGUAGCCUUUGGCAUGUGCUGGUGGGUAGAUCCAGUUAAAUGUUGGUGAAUGCUGGUAAAUAGGGUCAGGCUAGGCAUUGUGGAGAAGUCCGUUGAAUAAUCCUAUAUGAGACCUAUUUAACUAUUUACAUAAUUUAUCUGUGCUAUCAACGUGAAUCUAAUUACUUAGUUAGGUAGCAUUGAUUAAAGACAUCCAAUGUAGAGAUAUUUCCUGAAAUGACAUACUGUAUAUCAUACUGAUCUAGGAAAGCCUACAACUUUUAAAGAAAAAGAUAUAUAUCAUACUUAAAAAGAAAACAGUAUCUAUGCACCAUUUUAAAACAAACAAACAAAACAUAUAUUAUAUUAUGUUAUAUUGUAUUUUAACGGCCUUUCUUUUAUUUGUUCAUAAGGAUUUAAUAGUAAGAUGGUCCCAUGCAAUGCCUGAAACAGCCAGUGGAUCAUCUCAGUACUCAGCCUUAUCAGAUACUCAGUCAUACUAGUGUAAAUUACAACAGAUAUGUUCAGAUUCAGAUUCAGAUUCAGAAAACUUUAUUAAUCCCAUCAGUGGGCAAUUAAGUUUGCAGUCCCGGUCUCCAUCAAUCUACAAUAAAUAGUAUAAAUAAAUAAAAA